AUGGCAGGGAAGAUCCCGCAUGCCGCGUUCUUCAUUCCGUCAAGCAAUUCAGGGUCCGAUGGUUUGCCUCCCAGCCCGUUUCAAACAGUCAUUUGGUUCACAGACCCCGACCGCGCCAACGAGCUGAUUGUGUACGAUUCGGUGCUGCUUAUCCUGCUCAAGGCAGCGGAAGGACUCAGGCUGAACCUGGGCGGGUCCAAGUCUUCUAUGACAAAUCCGAGCGACCUCCUCCUUCCAAUACAAAGUAACAGGAAGCGAUUGCAGUCGAGGUUAUACCAUGCAUCUGCCCACCCUCUUAACGUCUGGUCCCUCCUCGACGUCUUCAACACCAGCCCCCUCUCCAGCCCUGCAGAUACCGUCUACCCCUACACAAACCAGAUCCUUGACACCACAAAUGCCUUUGUUGUCCCCGGUUCCUGUCCCAAGGCGAACCCGGUCUACCCCAAUCCCCGCCAGGACAACCAGCUGUGGUUUGAGGACGACACAGAGUACUAUGCGGUGUUUUAUCAUGGGCUGAAUACCGUCAGCGUACCGAUUGGUCGGAAGACGAACAGCUCGACCAUCCCCGCGCGGUUUGAUCCCGAAUCGAGUAUUAUCAUGGUGAAUAUUGCGGAUCGGCGGGAUGCGCCCACGGAGGAGAGUGUCGUUGCUGCUGGACCGUUGAUUGUUCUGGAGCAGCCGGGGGGUUUGACGUUGGAGGAGCGGACUGCUGUGUAG